AUGAAGCUGGUUUCGGGUUGCUUUCUUGCUUCCAACCAUUCCUCCUUCUCUUCAACUUACGCUUCCGAAGCUCACGCUCCAGCUUGCCGGAAAGACAGGCGGGCUGAGAAGUAUCGACUGCCACCUAUUCUUCCAGCAAGCACGCUGCUCUCGGCGAGGAGGCUUGCUACCGUUGUCAGUCGUCGCACAUCAAUCGGCUCAGUAGACGGACUCAUUCGACGCUACUCACACCUCAGCACGAAGCUCAUCAAUCCGAAUUCACGCCUUUCACCACCUCAUAGGCUGAUACGUAGCAUGUCGUCCAACGUCGCCUCGUCGUCCGCCUCCGGCUCCGCGGCAGCAUCCGCUUCCGGUUCCGCAUCCACCACCGCCAUCCCCUCAACACCAGCCGCCCGCUCGCGCCUCCCCUCCAUCCCACCCUUACUCUACGGUACAGCAUGGAAGGGCGACUACACCUCGGACCUCACCAUCCUCGCGCUCUCACACGGUUUUCGCGGAAUCGAUACUGCCGGUCAGCGCAAGCACUAUCGCGAAGACCACGUAGGACUGGCCCUCUCCACCGCACGCUCCGAGAUGAACCUCGAUCGACAGGAUAUCUGGGUGCAGUCCAAGUUCACGCCUCGCUCGGGUCAAGACUGGUCGCAUCCGGAGUUGAUCCCGUUCGAAGAGCAGGAGGAUGUCGAGGUUCAGGUGCGCAAGAGCUUCGCUGCUAGUUUGAGGAAUCUGCAUCCGUGGUUGGAGUUCGAACCGUUGGAAAAGGUGGCAGCGAAGAUCGUCAAGAAUCACAAUGCGGGCGGAGCAAGUGAUGAAGAUGCAGGUGUGGAGUACGGUGAUAGGGCGGGCGAGGCGUACCUGGACAGCUACAUUUUGCAUUCGCCGCUGACGACGUUGGAGAGAACGUUGAAGGUUUGGUCCACCAUGGAAUCCUUCGUCCAACUCGGCUUGGUCAGGCAGAUAGGUUUGAGCAACGUCUACGAUACAGAGAUCUUCCAAGCCAUCUCUCGCACUACCCGCAUACCCCCUGCCAUCGUACAGAACAGAUGGCACUACACCACGGGCCACGAUGUCGCUCUCCUCUCCCUCCUCUCCCCCACCUUGAGUCCGAACGACUUCGACAACGGGAAAGCGCCACCCGUGGUGUACCAACCAUUCUGGAGUCUCACGGGAAAUCCGAAUCUGCUAUCGAGCGUGGAGGUGGGUGAUAUCGCGAUCGAGAAGGGGUGGACGGUGCAGCAGGUGGUGUACGCGUUCCUGGCGAGCGGGAUGAAUGUUCCCGGCUUGAAGGUCACGGUGCUCUCGGGGACCAAGGACGAGAGGCAUAUGGCGGAGGCGGUCAAGGCCGUGCAGGAGGGCGUGAGGGGCGAGUGCUGGGGUAAGGGCGAGUUGGAUAGGAUCAGAAGGGUGGUUUAUGGCGAAUAG